AUGGCUGGCGCAGUCCUUGUUGUUGGCGCAACUGGCAAUAUUGGAGUCGCUGUCACCAUCGCCGCGCGCCGUGCUGGUCUUCAUGUGAUCGCUCCUGUUCGUAAUGCUUCCAGCGCUGCCAAGCUUUUUGAUCACGUCGGGACGCGCGAUGGUAUCACUACAGUUGAGAUAGAUGUGACUUCCGAGAGUGGCAUCCAAAGCAUUGUUGACCGUGUCAUGGCGGGCGAGUUACCAGCUUUUCAACACGUCUACUCGACGGUCGGAGUAUGGAAUCCCAUGCCACUUCACAACAUUGAUACGGCAUCUUUUCGCUCGGUGAUGGCUACCACAGUAGAAAGUAGUUUCUUUGCUUACCGAGCCACCGUGCCAUACCUGCUUAAGCAGGCUGAUCCAAGUAGUACGUGGACAAUCAUGACGGGUGCUGCGGGCGAGUUAGGUACGGCCGGAGUGACAGCUGUCGCCCAAGGCGCCCUGUUCACUCUCGCCAACGUUGGUUGCCGCGAGCUAGCCGAAACCAACAUUCGUUUCAACGAGGUGCACCUGUCCUUCCGUGUUGAUUACGAUUCCGUUGCAAAGCAAAAGGGCGACGGCAGCGUCGGUAGUGGAAAGAUGGCCAAGCACUACGAAAACCUACUGGUGCGACCAGAUAUCAAGGGGGCUCGCAUCAACCUCGCGAGACCUGAAGACGUGAAUACCCUACCAUUCACCAAGAAGUUGAGCUAG